AUGGAUAAUCCAGGAUCAAGUACAACAAAUACAAAUAACCUCUGCAAACUUUGCAAUGAAAAACCUCGGGCAUAUACUUGUCCUAGGUGUGGUACAGGAUAUUGUAAUGUUGAUUGUUAUAAAUCUGAAGCCCAUUUAGAAUGCUCAGAAAGUUUCUACAAACAGUGCAUACUAGAUGAAUUGAAAUCUCAGGAAGGAGAUCCAGUAUCCAAGAAUAAAAUGCUUGAAAUUCUAAAGAGAGUACAUGAGACAGAUUUAAAUAACGUUGAUUUAGAAAACUAUGGUAUUAGUGAUGAAGAAGAGGAUGGAGAACUAGAAGAACAAUUGGAUUCAGAUGACGAAGAAGAUAUUCCAGACUUAGAUAAACGAAUGCAAGAUGUGAAUCUGGAUGAUGCAGAUGAUGUAUGGUCAGCAUUAACAGAUGCUGAAAGACAAGAAUUUGAAGCUUUAAUAAAGAAUGGUCAAAUAGAAACAUUGUUACCUCAGUGGGUUCCAUGGUGGACUUAUCAUACUAAGAAAAAACUUGUGCAAGAUAUGGAUGAAAAAGACAGUAGGCAAGAAAAGGAAUACCCUUCUUUAAUUGAUGUUCCUAUAUUCAAUGAAUUGCAGAAAGCUUCUUCAAACGUUCAUUUUAAUUUGGUAAAUGUAAUCUAUGCAUAUGCAUAUAUGGCAAAUUAUUACAAUGGUGACUACUUAAACUGUUCGGUGGAAGCUACAGUUGUCUUUAUUGAUCUCUGUGAUAACAUGAAAUUGAAUAAAGUAUAUAGUGGCACAGAAUCAGCAAUAACUUCUGUUGUUCAGAACAUUAUCAGUUUCAUAUAUAUAUAUAAGUUCAAGGAAGCAGCAAAUUCAAUAAUACAAGGUCCAGAAGAAAGUAAUAAAUACUUUUAUGUUGCAGUUGCACUUUCUGAAUUGUACAGAUUAAUAACAAUAGCAAAAGAAGAACUAUCUAAGCACAAAAAUAAAGCUGGGAAUAAAGAAUUUUCGAAAAAUUGCCAAUUACCAUAUAUACCAAAUAACAAUGAUUGCCCAGGUCUCACCACGUGGAGGUUGAUGCGAAUGGAGACCCAAGGAGGAUAA